UUUUUGUCGUCUGAAACGCGGCAUUCCGCGCUUCUCUCCUCGCCUCCGGUCUUCUUCCGGUUGCGCUCCCGCUGUUUCACCCGCUGUCCACGCUGUUCAUAGGUAACACCUUGACGAAAGUUUGCCUCGCAUUGACUUUUGAAUUCCCCCUUCCUCAAGUUCCUCCCAUCAUUCCUUCGUCUUCGUCGUCUCUCCAGCCUUUCGGCGACCUCGCGCUGCCUUUUUCUCGCUUCUUCUCUCCUCAGACUCAAACGCAGCCGUCGCAGCGCGCUCGAGCGAGAGAUAGAGGUCUCGCGCCGCUGGGUCCCCGGCCGCUGAUACGGAAGCCGAUAAGGACGGCGAGGGCCGGAGGAGAGAAGCAGAAAGGUCGACUGUGCCUCGCCAGAAGAGGAGAAGAAGAGGAGAGAAAAACCGAGACAGAGACAGAAGAACAGCUCGUGUCUCUGAUUCGCGGAGUGCCACUGGGGAAAGCGAGACAGGUCAACAAGCGAAAGCGAACAGGCGUCUCUCGCGGGAUUGACACACAAAAACAGAGUGGAAAAAUCGAGCUCGAAGACAGAGACUUCCCUCCUUCUCAUUCUCGCGGUUCUUGAGAAAAACGAAACAACGACUUCACUCGAAACGCAAAAAAAAAGACACCGGAAACCUAUGUGUGAGUGGCUACUCUCAGACGAGGACGAGACCCCCGAGGAGAAGAAGCCACAGGGCCGUUUCUCUCCCGUUUCCUUGCUCUCGUUCGUUUCCUCCUUUCUUCUUCUCCACGCUCAACUCUUUUCAGUUCUCUUCCUUGCGCUGCGUUUCGCAGUUUCUACAUCCACGGGGGCAUUUUCAUGUGCCAGGCUCUGCUCGCAUCUGCAACGUCAACGCACUCGCCAGGAUCUAGCCUUGAGAGAGAAUUCCUUCCUCUCACGUUUUUGACUCUCCCUGCUUCUUCUCUCACUCCUCUCGAUCGGACCUCUGCUCGUCUUCCAUCUUCUCCUUCUGUCUUUGCAGUUUCUCUCUUCUUCUCCCGCAAUCUCCAGCUGUCUCCCCUCCCACCGUACCUCCCUCGCUUCUCUUCUUCCGGCUCCCCACGAUGACUCAAACGCCAUCUGGUCGUGGAAGAAGUUUCUCUUCCUCUUCUUCCUCUUCUUCCUCUUCUUCGCUCUCUUGUGAGUCUUCGUCACCUCCGCUCUGUGGGAAGGAUCAAGGCGCCCCAGCAACUUUUCUCGACGGCGUUUCUCGCCUCCUAUUCUGGCGCCCAUCCAGCGGCCCUCUUGCCCUCAACUGCCGCAGGCAUCCUCACUACGUUCGCAUUCUUCGCGACGGAUUGACUGCUCUGUAUGCUGGUCGAGGCGACUACACAGACGUCGGGGUUGUUCAGGCAGAGAAGCCUGCAGCGACGACAUGCGCCGUGUACUACUUUGAAGUUCAAAUCCUCUCGGCUUCUUCUCCACCUCACAUCUGCGUCGGAUUCACCACCAAGAGCGCUGCCCUCACGAAACAUCCGGGCGUCGAACCGCAUUCGGUAGGCUACCGCGCCGAGGAUGGGCGGAAACUCGUCGCUUCCGCAUCCGCCUCUUCGCUCUCUCGAGGCGGCGUCUUGCCUGGCGAGGCCUUCAGCUCUCCCUACGGAGCUGGCGACGUUGUGGGGUGUGGUAUCCACUAUUUGUCGAAAAAAAUCUUCUUUACGAAGAACGGCGUCUGUCUCGGCGUCGCUGGGAAGGCCGACGCUCGCGUACAGUACCUCCCCAGUGCAGGAAUGCACGGCGCUGACGAGAGGGUCAAAUUCAACUUCACAGGGCCCUUCGCCUUCGACUUGAAAGCCAUGCUGCAGUGCGACUUAGUGGAGGAGAGACAGAGAAUCAAAGCCGAUCUUGAACGCGACGCGAGGCUCGCCGCUCUCGUCUCUCCCGCCUCUCUCACAGAAGUCGUGCGAAGCUACUUGCUGCAUGCAGCCUUCUCCCGGACCCUCGCGGCGUUUGAGCGCGCACUGACCAAACGCGACAAAGGCGAGACCAGAAAAAACGACGAAGAAAACGGGGAAGGCAGAGAGACAGAAGCCGGAGAGAGAGCACUCGAAGAGAGAGCAGUUGAAGAGAGAGCAGUCGAAGAGAGAGCAGUUGAAGAGAGAGCAGUCGAAGAGAGAGCAGUCGAAGAGAGAGCAGUUGAAGAGAGAGCAGUCGAAGAGAGGACAUGCACACAGAUGGAAAUCUCAGUGGCAGAAGAAGGGAAUCCCGAGGGACUUGGAGAGGGAGAAGAAGCGAGGAUCCGAAGGACGAUAGGUCGAGGACAAGGGCAAGAGGUAGCUCGAGACGAAGAGAGAGUGGAAUCGUCGAUGCGGACGGAAGAGACAGACGCCGAAGCAAAGAGCAGCGGCGCCUCGCGGCUUGAACCGUCCAGCGCUGAAGCCGCUGCUGCGGGAGGUUCGACGCGUCGCACCGCCCUCAGCAUUUCUUUCCGACCUUCCUCGUGGGUCGCUGCAUCUCCCCUGGCGGCGGCGCAACUUUCUGCUGCUUUCUGGAGAAACGACAAAGAGGAAGGAGAAGAACUCUCCAUGCGCGAAGAAGCCAGCGAACGGGAAGACGAAGUAUGCAGUGCUUCUCUUUGCGACCGUACGCCGAGCGUCCACACCACGACUGAGAGCACUUCGAUUCUCCUCGCGUCUCUGACAAAGAGGAAAGAACUCAAGCAAGCGAUCGUCGAAGGGAGGUCCGACGCUGCCGCCGAGAUUCUGGAAACUUCGUUCCCUGCCAUCUUCUCCACGAAAAACGAAGAUUUCCAGGACAGCUCUUUCGCUCUUUCUCUGCUGUACACGCAGCAGCUGAUUGACUUGCUUCGCCCCCCACAGCGCGCCGUCUCGGCUGCGAUUUCUUGGAUGCGAGAAAAGAUCGCUCCUCUCCUCCAAGACGCCUCUCCCCAUGUUCGACAGGCUGUCACUGAAUGUUGCGGACUUCUCGCCUACGCAGAACCGGAGCGAAGUUCGCUGGCUGCCUUCUUCGAUUUAAACAGACGAACUGUCGUGGCGACAGCCGUGAACAGAUGCGUCCUUCGUCACCAUUUCCAAAUUUCCUGCUGGUCUCCUUUGGAAAUUCUCGUCAGGCACCUCAUCGCGUGCAGACAGCUGCUGCGCGAGGCCUCUGGAAACCGGGGGCCUGUGCCUUCGCCGAGCUUGUUCUGCUACCCCCCGCCGAUGCGUCUUCUUCUGCAGCCUUCAGAGGCCAAGUUGGCGGGCCAGAAUUCAGAGAAUGGCCCCCCCCUUAUCGCCGACGACGGUGACGAAGACCUCGGAGAGUUGCCGCUGCUCUACAGUCCUUAAGAAAGAGAGAACUUUCGUUCCUCAGAGAAACGAAGACUCAGAGAAACGAAGACUCCUCCGACGGGUGUAGAGGGCGGUAAAGCGUCAUCUCAUGAAAUUCAGGACUCUGUCUGAAGCGCAGACACACCUUCAAACAUUUUCCGCGUUCGCUUCAGCGCCUCGUCAAUUCUCUGCUGAGUCUUCAGUGCCGAGGGAGGGACUUCUCUCAGUCGGCAAAGACGUCCGAAGAAAUCGACGGUCUCUCCCCGCAUAUUCCUUGUAUCCAGGUCUGCGGAGGCAAAUGGCGCAUGCAUUUCUGGAGAUGAGUCGCCGAAAAACACAGAAGGACGCCUCGUUUUCCUUGUCUGUGUCUGUAUGUUGAUGUGACGAGGGCUCCCUUCACGGUCCUGCGGUGCCUAUAGGGUAUGUGUAGAGUUGCGCAGUUUGGAUGUUGGGUGUGCCUGCAAAGGUCAUGAGGAGAGAGGCGUUCUGCAGAAGCGCCGAGGAAACUCGCGCGUCUGCAGAACGCCUCUGGAAACGGCCCGGGAUAAGGCAGAGGGCAUGAGUUUCUACUCAUGGAAAAAACUGAAGCAAGUCGAUGUGAAGGAAAGACGAGGCUGUGGGUGGGUGUGUAGGCAACUGUAAACGCACCCCACAGCCGCUGGGCGUCUGCGUCCUACGGUAGCCUGCCUUCUUUGUCCUGUACGAAAGAACAGUCUUUUCGAGUCUCUGCGACGCUCUGAAUCGGAAACAGGGUAAAUAAAGGAGAAGGCGAAGUGUGUUCUGUGUACUUUUCUGUGCUGCAUUUCACGUUCUCGAAUGCUCGUCCAUUCCAGUAAGACAAAGAGAAAAGUAUCAAUUCUGGUCUCGGUAAUCUCCUCUUCUAUGGAAUUGGCUUUUCUCUUUGCGUGCUCCGCGACGAAUGCCUCCACGUCUUGCGAGUCCGUUGCUUCUUCCUUCCUCUCCAGGCUACUCCGACAAUCAAAAGGUCUGUAAUGCUUUUCUCUUACUGUGAGUUAUCGCAUCUUUUUGUUAGCAAGAAACGAGACGAUACACCAUGAAACAGCCUCACUCCAUCUAUCUCUUCUUUUCUUUCCCCAUGUAUCUAAGCGGACCAUGUACAUUUGCAUGCACAUACAAACAAGUAUACAUAUAUAUAUGUAUAUAUGUAUAUAUAUAUAUAUAUAUAUUUGUAUACGUGUGUGUAUAUAUGUAGAUAUAUAUGAACAGUUCCCAGCUUGGAUAUCGUUCUUUGAGCUGUCUCAAGGAGUCUAGGGCGGUGGUGCCGUAUACAGCAAUCGUGAAGCGCCUGUUUUUUUUUCCUAACUGGAGUUCCCCAUCAGGAGACAAGACUUUCCUGGCUUCUUCCAGGCUGUAACUCGCAAGAGGGGGAGAAACCAAAAAGCAGGAUUUGUUUUUUGUGGAAACUCGGAGGGUUCUUCUCUCGACGCGUGUGGACUGUCUACGACGGGAGAUGAAUGCGGUCUUUCUCAGUUCCAUCAUGAAUACAAAAAACUUCUUUUGCAUUACAGUGUGGCGAUUGAAGCGAGCGCCAGCAGUCUUCCACCUGGCUGCGCAGGCUUCCUUUCUCUCCUUUCUCUGACGAGGCAUCACACCGAACCUCGGAAGACAAAGUCGUUUUGAACGAUUGAGUCGGUUUAAGGAAAUCAAAA